AGCACCGGCGCUCACCGCUGCGCAUGCGCAGAGUGCUGGCGAGUGGCACGCGCGUGGAAAAAGUCGAGUGACAGCCUUUCGGCAGCCCCCAUCCCGGUCCCUCCGCGCUCAACGGGCCCAAUUCGACCUUAAUCGCUCCCGAAAAUGUCGUGGCUGUUCGGCUUGAACAAAGGGCAACCGGAGCCUCCCCCGGGUCUGCCGGGCCAGCCUAACCCGCCACCGCCGCCGCCGCCGCCGGCCGGAGGCUCCAGCGGCGGCGGAGAUAAACCCAAGGACAAAUGGAGCAACUUCGAUCCCACCGGGCUGGAGCGGGCUGCACAGGCGGCCAAGGAGCUCGACAAGUCCCGGAAUGCCAAAGAAGCUCUGGAGUUGGCUCGCAUGCAGGAGCAGAGCACCCAGAUGGAGCACCAGAGCAAAAUCAAGGAGUACGAAGCGGCCGUGGAGCAGCUGAAAGGCGACCAGAUACGAAUCCAGGGUGAGGAGAGGAGAAAAACUCUAAACGAGGAAAGCAAGCAGCACCAAGCAAGGGCUCAGUACCAGGACAAGCUGGCCCGGCAGCGCUACGAGGACCAGCUAAGGCAGCAGCAAAUGAUGAAUGAGGACAACCUUCGCAAGCAGGAAGAGUCGGUUCAGAAACAGGAAGCCAUGAGGAAAGCGACCAUCGAGCACGAGAUGGAGCUGAGGCACAAGAACGAGAUGCUGCGCAUCGAGGCCGAGUCCAAAGCGAGGGCCCGCGUGGAGCGGGAGAACGCCGACAUCAUACGCGAGCAAAUCCGCCUGAAGGCCGCCGAGCACAGACAGACCGUCCUGGAGUCCAUCAAGACAGCAGGCGCAGUAUUUGGAGAGGGAUUCAGAGCGUUUGUGUCGGACUGGGACAAAGUCACGGCCACGGUGGCGGGACUGACACUUUUAGCCGUGGGGGUGUACUCAGCUCGCAACGCCACCGGGGUGGCGGGUCGCUACAUCGAGGCGAGGCUGGGGAAGCCGUCUUUGGUGCGAGAGACGUCCCGCUUCACCGUGGGGGAAGCCAUCAAGCAUCCGGUCAAGACGGCCAAAAGGCUGACGAGCAAACCUCAGGACGCGCUUGAAGGAGUUGUGCUCAAUCCUCUGCUGGAAGAGCGAGUGCGUGAUGUCGCCAUAGCAACGAGGAACACCAGGCAGAACAACGGCCUCUACAGGAACAUCCUGAUGUACGGACCCCCGGGCACCGGCAAGACGCUGUUUGCCAAGAAGCUGGCCGUGCAUUCCGGGAUGGACUACGCAAUCAUGACCGGGGGUGACGUCGCGCCCAUGGGCCGCGACGGUGUGACGGCCAUGCACAAAGUGUUCGACUGGGCCAACACGAGCAGACGAGGUUUGCUGUUAUUCGUCGAUGAAGCCGACGCAUUCCUCCGUAAGAGAUCCACUGAGAAGAUCAGCGAAGAUCUCCGAGCCACUUUGAAUGCAUUCUUGUAUCGCACCGGGGAGCAGAGCAACAGGUUCAUGUUGGUGUUGGCCAGUAACCAACCGGAGCAGUUUGACUGGGCCAUUAAUGACCGGAUCGAUGAAAUUGUCAAUUUUGCUCUGCCUGGCCUGGAGGAGAGAGAGAGGCUGGUGCGGCUGUACUUCGACAGAUAUGUUCUGGAGCCCGCCACCGGAGGGAGGCAGAGGAUGAAGCUGGCGCAGUUCGAUUACGGCAAAAAAUGCUCAGAGAUAGCCAAGCGGGCCGAGGGCAUGUCCGGUAGAGAGAUCUCCAAGUUGGGAGUGGCCUGGCAGGCAGCGGCGUAUUCCUCCGAGGAUGGUGUCCUGACGGAGGCCAUGAUCGACGCCCGCGUGGACGACGCCGUCAAGCAGCACCGUCAGAAGAUGGACUGGCUCCGCGCCGAAGAGGAGGCUCAGACCGAGACCCUCACCCCUCCCCCGGCAGGGGGCGCCGACAGCGCCGCUGUCGGCAAAAUGGGCUUCACUCUGCCGGUUGCCGAGACACCUCGAGCUCAGACGGUGGUCGCCCCGCUACUCGUCCACGAGAUGAAGCAACAACAAGAGAGGACAGCCGAGUCUCGACUAGACUGCGAAGAAGCAGUCAGAGCAAGUUUAAAGCAGGCCGCCCCUGACAGUGAAGCAAGUCUGGAGAAAGCGGACACGACUGGUUUUCCUCCCAAAGAUGGAACUCCAGUGUGAGUCAAAAAAUGAUUUCAAUGAAUUCGAACGAUUCUGAAUCAUGUCCUUCGAAAAGAGUCUGUUGGACUGCUUCAUUUUUUACCGUUGGAGGAAACUAACCUGGAAAGGAUUACGUCUACUGUAUGUCUGUCUGUCUGUCUGUAACAAGUUCAACAUGAUAUUAAUGUGCACUAUGGAGUCAAGUCUGAUUAAACUGAUCUGUGUCUUCAUAACCAAUAA